CGUCCCGUCCCGUCCCAUCCCGCCGCAUUCUCGGCCCGUCCCCAUCCCCGGUGCCGCCGCUCGCUCUCCCGCAGCCAUGGCGGCCCCGGGCUGGGCGCCCACCCACGUGCGGGUGACGGUGCUGCGGGCGCGGGGGCUGCGCGCCAAGGCGGCGGCGGGCGGCAGCGACGCGUACGCGGUGAUGGCGCUGGGCCGCGACAAGUUCCGCACGUCGGUGGCCGAGCGCUGCCGGGGCGAGCCGCUGUGGCGGGAGGAGGCCACGUUCGAGCUGCCCGCCAAGGCCGCCGCGCUGCGCCUCACCGUGCUGCACCGCGCCCUCACCGGCGCCGACAAGUUCCUGGGCCGCGCCGAGGUGGAGCUGGGCCCGCUGAAGGAGGACGGCGGCCGGCGGCACACCAGGUGGUACAAGCUUCGCUCCAAACCUGGGAAGAAGGAAAAGGAGAGAGGGGAGAUUGAGGUGGACAUCCAGUUCAUGAGGAGCAACAUGACAGCCAGCAUGUUUGAUCUGUCCAUGAAGGACAAGCCCCGCUCUCCCUUUGGGAAGCUCAAAGACAAACUCAAGGGCAAGAGGAGCAGUGGCCUCUCAGACACAGCGUCAGCCAUCGUCCCCAGCACCUCCCACUCCCCUGCUGACAGCGAGGAUGAGGCAGUGGAGAAGGAGAAGAAGAAAUCCAAGUUCAAAGCGCUGUUCUCCAAGCCUGGCCUGCAGAAGACAUCGCUGUCCCAGUCCAUGUCGGUGCUGCCCACCCAGCAGCCCCUCACCCCGAGGGUUCGGCUGCGGCCCAGCGACUUCCAGGCGCAGUGGGAUGAGGAGGAGGAGUCCCAGACCUCUCCUGCCUCAGAACGAUCCUUUGAAAGUGUGCCAGAACAGAAGCCAGCUCCUUCUCCUCUGUUCAAAUCUCGUAAACCAGCCUUUUUGGACAGUAGGCAGCUAACCCAGGGAACCACUAACCACACCAAAAAGGAUGGGCUCUCGUUGUUCAGUGGCCUUAAAUCCAAAAACGAUCCCGUGUCCAAGUCCAGUCUGUGUAUCAAUGGCAGUCACGUUUAUAUGGAAGAGACCACGACAAAGGACAAGACUCCAACCUCCUCCCCCUCUCCUCACAACCUCAGGAGGAAGCAGCUCUUUGCUUCAGAGGAGAACCUGUCCUCCAGGUCCACUAAGCCACCUGAAGAGACGGGGAGAACCUCUCCUGGGCAGGCAUUCUCUGGCUCCACAUCCUUGGAGACUUUCAAAUCCAUGACUUUGCCAUCGUACAAACUGCUCAGCAGUGAGGAGCACCUGGACACCAGCGUUCCACCAAGCACUGAGCCUGUCAGAGAGACCAAAAAACCAGACCACAAAAAGUCUGCCUUGCUCUCCUUGGUCACUGGGAAGAAGGAAAUGGUGAAGCCCAGCGAGGCUGAGAUUAUUCCUGACAGGACCCUGCAGAGUGAGGAAAAUACAAUUCCAGAAGAGAAGAGUGAAGAGGAGGCCAAAUGCCCUGAAGCCCCAGCAGAUGUGGGCAGAGGGAGCCCCUCAGGAGAUGCUCACCAUGCAGGGGAGGCCAUCACAACCAAGCAGCAGCCCAGCCCUUGUGAGGAGGAACAGAAACCUGAGAAAGCUGCACCAGCCAAGACCAAAGCUGUGAAACCCAGACUGGGCCUGUCUCCAGAGGAGGAACCCAAAGCCACGCUUCCUACUCUUGCACCUGCCCCCCUCCCUGCUUUCCUGUCUGUGCACCCUAUCAGCAGUGCCAAUAAUCCUUUUAUUUCUGAAGUGGGGCAGACAGUCCAAGUGCCAGACUCUGAAAACAUCACUCCUGCCUCUCUCACUUCUCCUGCUUUUGCUGCAGAGCUCUGGAAUGACAAGAACCCUUUUAGUGCUGAGUGGGACAGGGCAUCCAGAGCCCUGGAUCCCAACAGCAUCACCCAUUUCCCUUCAUCCCAUCAUCCUGCAGCCUCUGUUCCCACAGUGCCUCUUCCUGGGCAGGGCUCUGCCCGGGGCAAUAAUCCUUUUGCUGCUGGCUGGGGGCAGGGUCCUGAGGGCUCUGAGGCUUCCCAGGGUCUCUCUGACCCACACACACCUUCUGUCCCCUCUGUCUGUCCUUUCAAUGACAACAAUCCCUUCGUGUCCAGGCGUGGGGCACAGGCAGUGCCAGCUGCCCAGGCUGGUUCUUCCCCUUCCUGCCUUCCUGCUGGGGAGGAUUGUUCCUCUGCAGGACCCCCUGCUCGUGGUGCUUCAGGGGGCUCUGCACGUGUGGCUUUAAGCAGUGAUGCCACAGCUGUGCCACACCCUCUGGGCACCUUGGCUGGCCCCCCUGGGCUGGCUCCAGAGCCACGCUGGGAUUCUGCCCAGCUUCAGCCUGGGGGUUCUUUGGAAAGCAGCAAGCCAGGCCCUGGGAAAUGUGUGUCCUUUGUCCUUGGGGGAUGGCAGGGUGUUCCAGCAGGUGAUGCAGGUGGAGAGCAGCCCCUGGAUCCCAGUGGGAGGUUACAGAUGAGCUCAGGAGCAGCAGGAGAGCCAGCAGGGUUUGGGGGUGACCCAUCGACAGAGCUGUCUGGGGACAGCACACAUCCCACCUGGAGCAGUGAUGGAGCAGCUGUGGAGGCCACUGGUGUGAGCACUGCUUUUGUGUCCCUCUCCAAGUGCAGUGACAGCCUCGUGGCAGAGGCUGAGCAGGCACAACCCCCCAGGAGUGAGCUCAGGGAGGGGCAGGAGCCCUGUGGAAAGCAGUGUGCAGAACGUGUGCCCAUGUCAGAGCCCCAGGCACCUCCAGCUGCUGGAAAUCAGCCCCUUCCUCCAGUCCAGCCCACACCCAGAGCCUGCAGGGUGUGCCCUGGGGAAGGGGGUGCAGGGAGGGCUGGCAGGGAGCUCCUUGUGCCCCCAAAGCCAGCCCCACGAGUGGCUGUGCUGCUGAGGAAACCCCCAGGGACCCCCCAGGCUGAUGCUCCUGCUCCAGGGGAUGCUGCAAAUUCCACCCCAGGGCUCCCAUUCCCUGCUCAGGGGGGCUCCUUGGGGACUGUCACCCCUGCAGUGGCACCCAGGGGUGUCAGUCCCCAAAGAGGACAGAGCAGGCCUGUAGAAAAGGAGGGUGGUGAUGGUUUGUCUGUCUGUCUGACAAAUGUCAGGUCUGCCCUUCCUGUUCCUGGGGACCGUGGCUCGGUGCUGCCCGUGAUCCCUGAGGGAGGCUCUGAUGAGGAGCUGCUGGGGGACUGCCAGGACAGCUGUGAGGCCCCUGCAGGUGACAGAGGUGUUCUGGGGAAUGGAGAGCAGCCCAGAGGUGUGACAGCUUUGCAUGGAGAGCGGAGAGAGCUCUCUGAUAGCUCUGCUGCUGCUCCAGGAGGAGGAGGAGGAGGAGGAGCCAUUCCUGGUGCUUGUGAGCCAGGGAGCUUGGCUGAGCUGCCAGGGAGUUUGGCUGAGCUGCCAGGGAGUUUGGCUGAGCUGCCUGCUGCACUGGGGGCUCCCAGGGUCUCUGUCCAAGGAGCUGACUCAGGUUUAGCUGUGACAUCUCAUUCCAAGGAGUGUGACACUCCUUCUGAGAAACAACAGCUGGAAAGGAGUGCAGGUGCUGAGGAGCGUGCAGAGUGUGACUUCUCUGAGCCUUCUGCUUUCUCUUCCUCCCUGUCAAGUCCUUGCCAGCCCCACUCUUCCUCUCACUCCCUCCUCUCUGACACCCCGAGUUGUAGAGCAGAGUCUCCGAAAAAGCCGAGAGCCGAGGGCUUCGCAGAUAAAGCGGGAAAUUCGGGCAAGAAGAAACUUCUCCAGGCACGGGUCUCACCCUCUGAAACGUCCCCUAACCACCCCCCAUGGGGUGAAACCGUGUCUCCCCAGCACAGACUCCAUCCUGUGAAGCCAAUGAAUGCCAUGGCAAACAAACCUCAGAGCAAGAACCUGAAUGUCAUCAGCACCAUGAAUGAAAAGCUGCUGGAAAUGAGUGUGAAGAAAUACGAUCCCUCAGACCCUGCCUAUGCCUAUGCUCAGCUGACACACGAUGAGCUGAUCCAGCUGGUGCUCAAACAGAAGGAUACCAUUACCAGGAAGGACCUGCAGGUGAGGGAGCUCGAGGAUUACAUCGACAACCUGCUGGUCAGAGUCAUGGAGGAAACCCCAAACAUCCUCAGAAUCUCCAUGUCUGGCAACAAAAAAGCUGGGAAGAUGUGAAAGGUCUGGUGGGCAAGGACUGAUCCCCCUCAGGGGAGGGUGAGGAGCUGCUGGUGCUGCUUGUGCUGCUCCCAGAAAAUGAGUUUUUCCUGUUCCUGCCUUGAGCAACCCUCAGAUUGAUUAAUAGUCCCAUCAGGUCACCUUACUGUAUUUAUUUUCUUGGUUUCUUCCCAUUGUUUGGGAAGGUCAGGCUGUGAUGGGAAGGAGGAGGGUUUUUGAUGUGUUUUGCUUCCCAGCAAGGCACUGAUGAUCCUUUAGGAAGAUUUUUUUUAAAAAUGGUUUUGUUUUGUAGCAGCUUUUAGAGAUCAGUUACUUUUCUUUCCACAUCUGAAGUUGUAGUGCAAUAUAAAUCCUUGGACAGUAGAGCUUGAGGAUUUGAUUGUUUUUAAAAUAAUAAUAAUAAUUAACUACACUGGAGAAAUCCAAAGAUGGGCUGUAAUUUAAAAGGAAUCAAUGCCCUGAAAGUUGAGUGUAAGCUGACCAAAUCUCAGUUCAUCUCAUCAAGUGGACAUUCCCAAGAAUCCUUCAAGGGAAAGUUUUCAGGUUUUUUGGAGUAGGAGAUGUUGAGGUUCAUGGUACGUUUCUACCAUAGGAAUGGCAUCAGUGAAUUUAGCCCAAAGGUACAUUUUAAACCAGAAAUUGUUCUUUUAGUGUCUUAAAUUUCUGUUUUGAAGGUUAUUCAAAGCAGGCAGAAGCUGCUCUGGCUCUGCCCCUUGUGCCCUGUGGGAGCUCUGUGACUUUUCCUUUUUGAGAAAGAAAUCUUUUGGGGUUUGGAGCUGGGGCUCACCUUAAAGCCCCUUCCAAAGGUACAUUUUAAACCAGAAAUUUUUCUCUCAUGUCUUAAAUUUCUGCUCUGGAGCUUGUUCAGAGCAGGCAGAGGCUGCCCUGGCUCUGCCCCUUGUGCCCAGUGGGAGCUCUGUGACUUUUUCCUUCUGAGGGACACAGAAAUCUUUUGGGGUUUGGAGCUGGGCUCACCUUGAAGCCCUUCCAAAGGAUGGUUUACCAGGGUAGGGAGAGUCCAUGGAAGGCUCAGAGAGAAGCUGGAAAACCAACAGAGCCCUGCAAAGGACCAAAGCUUCAUGAGGACCAAAGCUUUAAAGCUUUCCAGCCUUAAUUCUGUAGAAAUGAACACUCCUACCUUUGGAAAUGGUUGGGUUAUGGGGUCACUCCUGGCCCAGGGGUGAGUUUCUAAUUCCAUUUUUCUACAGGAAAGCACUUUACUGGGGGACUGGAGCAGCUCUCACCCUGUGAGCAGGCUGCUUGCAAUGUCACAAACCACUGGAGAUCCCAAAUGCUGGAUUUUGUAGCAAGGAGCAGUUUGAUAGAUUUGCACAGAGAUGUAAACAUUUAUUAGAAAAAUCAAAGAAAUGCUCUAAAUGACAUUUUUAUUCUUGUUACCAAAAUCUGGAGCUUUACUGAGCUCUGACCUCAAACAAGCCUUAAGAGCUGAAAGUCUGGAAAGACUUCAGAUCCUUUAAUCUCAUUUUAGUGUUAUUUGAGCAGUGAGGGUGUUCUGUCCUUCCUGCUGCCCCCUCUGCUCUGAGUGAGGCAGCUUUGGUGGUGGUUUCAUUCUGAGUGCUGCUGCUGCUCCCUCCUGUGCCUUCUCGAGUGAGGAAGAUGAAGGAUUGAUUUGUUUCCUCCUCUCUGCACACAGGAUCCUGUACCUCACUGAUCAAUUUGUAUUUUAGACUUUUUCUCUGCUGGGAAGAGUGACCUGCACAGAACCAAAGCAAUAAAUAAUUUUAUUUUUGAGAAAAUAAUAUUAUUAUUGAGAAAAUAAUAUUAUUGUUCAGAAAAUAAUAUUAUUAUGCAGAAAAUAAAUAAUAUUCUGCUGUUAGCAGAGAUGAAGCCUUAACACUUGGGCAGCCUUUCUGUGCCAGUUCAGCCCUGGGUGUUGGGUGAAACCCAAGCUCAGCCCAGCUCUGCUGUCCUUGGGGGCACAGGGGGGUCCCAAUCUUGGACCCCCUCAGCCCUCACACCUCAUUUUUAUUGACAACACUCAUUAAAUCCUUCCUUUCAUGUGGGGGGACUGGCAUUUUAUAUCCUCAAGGGCCUUAAGAAUCAAAUUUCUUGUUUGUUAUUGAAGGAUUUCAUGCAUGUUCCCUGUUUGUACUCUCUGCUUUUAGCCCAGGUACUGUUUGUUUGGUUUUAAACACUUUUUGGUUUUAUGGAACACUAAAAUAAAGACAAUUUAAACCCA